UUUGCAUGCUAAAAAAGUCAAAUGGACAAAUAUGCUGCACUUCUCUAGACAAAUUCAAAUGAACAGGACCUAAUGUAAAACAAUUGGAUAAUCUGGAAUCAUGGUUUUUAUCUCAUUGCUAUUUAUGAUAGAAACCGUUAUUAUCAUUGAAUUAAGAUGUAUUUAUUCAAAACCAGUGUAUAGAAAUAAUGAUGAGAAAUUUCGGAAUAUAGCUGUUACAUCAGACUAUGUAUACAUUGGAGGCAACAGUAAAAUAUUACAGUUAAAUUCAUCUUUGAUUCAAUCAGACCAGAAGUAUGUUUCCGUUGAUGGUGUAACUUCAAUUUACUCUGAAAAUUGGUUACUGGCUACUCAUAACAAUGACUCUUUAAUUGUUUGUAACUUUAACUCGAAUAACGAUAUAUUGUGUUUGAAAUUCGAAAAAGAUCUUAGUGUUGUUACAUAUGAUAGAAGUCUGAAAAGUAAUAAACCAGCUCCUAAAUAUUUAACCACAACAGCAAAACAAACAAAUAUUUUGAUCAUAGGAUCGUCAACGUGCUUAUGGCAUGACAUAAAAUAUAGCAAAUGCAAUGCUAUAUCUAGUUAUUCGUUAGAUAAUUUUCUCGUAAGAUUUCAACCAGGACGUCGAGAGUAUGAUGUCGAGUAUUUACAAAAUGCGAAGCAUGUUACUUUCAGGGCUAUUUUGAAAAUAGAAAAAUUUAUUUAUUUUCUCUUCAAUACAGAAGAACGACAUUCAAAAUUAGGGAAAAUGUGUACAAGUAAUACUGAAAGUGAAUUCACAGUGAGUAACGUUAACUCAUUUGAAGACACGCCCAUCGUAUGUUCACGUGAUGGCAAAAUCUACACUAUGGCACAAGAUGCGGUGCACUGGAAAGAAUACUUGUUUGUUGUUUUUAGUGAUGAUUCAUCAAAUGUGAUCUGUAAAUAUAAACUUCGAAAUAUUGCAAAAACCUUCAUGGAAUCCAGACAAAAACGAUUAGAAUGUCCAUAUUAUAAUACUGCAAAUACAUACUUCGUAAAGCAAGCCCUUACAGACUGGUGUUUUAAUAGAACAACAGGACAAUGUCAAGGAAAUUCUUUAAAUAUUUCCUGCCCAGAAACGACUGACAAAACCGACGGAUUCUGUAAAACACAAUUCUUUGGAUCAGUAGAAGGUGCAUUACCUUCAACAGAAGACGAGAUAGUUUAUAGCGAAGAAAUUUUACAAGUCGGUGCCAUAGUUAAACUUGGUGUUUUAGGUUUUAAUACCCACUCACUUAUUUUUGCUGGGACGACAACAGGAAAAAUUGGUAAAAUAUAUGUGGAUGAAAGAAAGAAUGAACAAUUAGGAAUAUUUCAAAUCGUUCAGCAUUCGUUUCCAGUUUUAGAUAUAAAAGUCCACAACCAGAAUGUCUAUGUGAUGACUGAAAAUACUGUCAUAAAUAUUGCUGAUAAUGAGCCAUGUCCCUCCAAUGUACUUUGCUUUGAAUGUAUGAAAUCAGAAAAUCCUACCUGUGGAUGGGAUAUUGUAUCAGCCAGAUGCAUGGUUAAUGCUGAUCAUACAACUUGGUGGCUGCCAUCUGUCGGUCGACAAUGUCUUCAGGUCAAGGCAAAGAAACUCGUGAUAAAUGAAACUACAGAUAAUGUCAGGACAUCUUGA